CUGUAACCAGGAAAAGGCUUACCACGGACGUCUUACGCGUUCAAGUCCAUCGAAUGGACAAAGUUGACCAAACAAGCAACGCGUCUCUCUUCCGUGCUAUACUGCGAUCUUCCUGCAACACUUAACGUUUUUUUUUUCAAUGCUCUGGCAAUACUCCGGAAGAAGCGGUCGCAAACCUAUGCAAGCCUGAGUCAGAACGCUGACAAUUAAUUCGAGCCUUGACUCGCAGCAGCUGCGCGCGAAUAACCCGAAUUUCAUGACAAUAAUGCCUCUUCUUCGUGUUUCCAAACGGUCGCUUCUCCGAACUCGAAAUGCUACAUAAGAAGACCGUGUUCUCUACCAUUCCCACAUCGCAUGACUAUGCUCAUCGUGAUAUCUGUCCUGUCCUGUGUUCUCUUGGCUGCUGCUUCCGCCCCCGAGGUCCAGCUGGGCAAGACCAAGCUCAUUGGAAGGGAUGUUGCAGGGCUACAACAAGACUUCUUUGGAGGUAUUCCGUUCGCUGAACCUCCUGUUGGAGCGUUGCGUUUGCAGCGUCCUGUAUUGAAAACGGAUAUUGAUACCGAUGAAUUCGACGCUCAGAAUUUCGGACUACCAUGUCUACAGAGCGGCCUUGAUACCGAUGAAAUGUCAGAGGAUUGUUUGACUAUCAACAUAUUUCGGCCGAAAGGAGCAUCGUCUGAAGAUCCCUUGCCGGUAAUGUUCUGGACCUAUGGUGGCGGUUUCACUUCAGGCGCUUCGUCGUCCUUCAAUGGAAGCACUAUUGUUGCCCAAAGUGUUACCAGAGGCACUCCCAUAAUCUACGUGAACUACAAUUAUCGGCUAGGGCCAUUAGGUUUCCCUCAAGGACAAGAAGCCGAUAACAGAGGACAACUCAGUCUCGGACUCAGAGACCAACUAACAGCCUUGGAAUGGGUUCAAAGGAAUAUCGGUUUGUUCGGUGGCGACAAAACCAAGGUCACAAUUUUCGGACAAAGCGCUGGAUCCAUGAUGACAAACCUGCAGCUUCUAAACCCGUUGAUUUCUCAAUUUGCCCAUGCUGCGAUCUUCGAGUCCGGUUAUGCCUCUUCGCCCGUAAUUUAUAACGCAGCUGCACGAGAAUCCACAUGGCAGUAUUUCGUAGCAGGAACACCAGGCUGCGAGUCUGUUGCUGGCACGCAAAACACUUUUGACUGCCUGCAGGCGGCGAAUUCGUCAGCUGUAUAUCAAGGACUUAUGGCGUGCUAUGCGUCGGCCAUCGAAGGGUUCCCUGUGUAUCCUGCACUGGACGGUCCUUCACUUCCCGAUCUGCCUACACACCUCUGGGCAAAGGGCGAGUUUGCCAGGAUUCCUUUUAUAUCAGGCACGAACCUAGACGAAGGGACGCUUGGCCUGACGACGGAUCGCAACUUCACCGAUGAAGACAUCAAGGAUUACAUACAGACUACCUACUCGGCGUUCCCACCUUACAUCUCUGAUUCCAUCUUGGACCGGCUUAUCGAGCUGUACCCUGACGAUCCAUCUUUGGGCUCGCCGUAUGGCACUGGAAAUGAAACCUUUGGGUACCCUGUAGGCUGGAAGAGAGUGGCAUCCAUCACUGGGGACUUGACCUUUGAUGCUCAACGUCGGACAUGGACACAGACUGCUGCCCGGGCAGGCGUCAAAGCGUACGGAUACCAGUUCACACAAAAUGCAUCGACGCAUGCUGCCUCUGAAGGAGUUCCUCAUGGAUCAGAAAUAGAAUUCAUCUACGGACAACUUGAUUCUUCCAGCGAACCCGCUUCGUCGAUCUCGUUAGCGGAGAUGAUGGUCGACUAUUGGGUUUCUUUCGCUACGAGCUUGGAUCCCAACGAUGGUUUAGGGACGUCCCGUCCCGUCUGGCCACAGUACACGCCGGACAAUGAGGUGCUCUUACAAUUGCAUGGCGACAAUAUCACCGUCAUCCCGGAUGACUAUCGGAAGGAACAGAUCGAGUUCCUUAGGGAUAAUGCAGACGCUUUUCACCGGUAAAGCAAGCGUCUAUUACGAUCCGUAGUUUCCUGUUGCUGGCUCUUAACACACAUAACUUUUCGUUUUUGAAGCUUGUCUACUGAAGAUAUACGUGAGAGUCAUCGAAGGAACUCAAACUUUUGGUGCUGCUAGUUUCUAUACGAAAAGAGGCACUCACUUUCUCUUGCUCGAUACCUUUUCCGCAAGUACGCCGCCUCCAGCCAAGGGGCAUUGGCCGUGCGAGUAGGUAAUAUCUAUGUUUUCAUUACGCGUCUAAUAGAUCUUGCAACUCCCCACUCAUCCCGCUGGCAACAAUGCAUUUCUGACCGUCCAAAAUCAAAAAACUUGAACCCUUCUGUGGUCAGCGCCACGUUCCGCGGCUCAAGGUCACCAUGCCGAACACUCAAACAGUGUAACUUCUCCACCGAAUCAAUCAACCUUUUCCUAGAAGGUUCGCGUAGCUCCAU